GGAAUAUGUUUCUAAACUUAGCAGAAUGAAUAUCACCAACGCCAGUUCCUUACAGGAAGCCAUAGCGGUUUUGGAAAUAUUCAUCACAGGUAUUAAAAAAAUCACAAAAGCUCGUAACCGCGCCCCUAUAACAGAUGAGAUUGAGACAAGAAGAGGAUCCACUUUUAAAGUGGCUAUCGCCUUUGAAGAAUUUGCUCUUAAAUACAGCAAGCUCCACCUGACUGGAACAAGGUCCUCACAAGUGAUCGACAACCAGACAAUGGUGCUGGGUAUUCAUAAAGCCUACCAGCAAAAUGCAAGUGACUUCUACUUUGGCUUGAUUUUCUUUUCUUUCAAUUUCUUUUUUUAAGUUUCACUGGCUGUUGGGAUUGUGUAUAAGGAUCUCCACGAACUACUGGACACAAAUCAAACCAUCAGAAAUGAAGCAGGCGAAGCCACAAGGUAUUUGAACUCCAGGAUAAUGGCCGUGGCUAUGGAUCCAAAACCAAACAAACUGGAAGCGAAUGUCAUGCUAAAGUUCAGAAACCUGAAGUUUGAUGAAAGAGAAAAGACAUGUGUAUUUUGGAGGGGCUUUAGCAAAAGCUCAGAAGGAUUUUCAGGGAGAGGAUGCCAUGUGGUUGCAUCGCAAAGCAACACAGAAGAAACAGUGUGCAGCUGCAAUCAUCUGACUAAUUUUGCUGUCUUAUUUGACUACAACGGUAUCCCAGGGCUCACUGUGGAAGACGAAACUAUUCAUGAAAUUAUCACCCACGUGGGAUUGUGCCUUUCCAUCUUCGGAAUUCUUUUGACAAUUAUUCUAUAUUCCUACCUCACAGACGUAUGGCAACCUCUGACUCAAAUACGACUGAGUCUUUCUUUGUCCCUCGGAGUCGGACAAAUAGUCUUUCUCGCCGGCAUAAACGCUACAGAAAAUACCGCUCUCUGUGUCCUAAUAGCAGCUUUCUUGCAGUACUUCCUACUGGCAGCUUUCUGUUGGAUGCUGGUGGAGGAAAUUUAUUUCUUCCUAUCUGUUGUGAAAGUUUAUAACAUCAGCACCAAGAUGCACAUGUAUCACUUCAUAUCAUGGGGUUUGCCUAUCAUCAUGGUUAGCAUUUCAAUGAGCAUCGCUGCUGGAAAAGAUGGAAUGAAAAGCUAUAUCAGUGAAACAUAUUGCUGGCUGUCCUCGAGAAACAACCUGAUCUGGAUCUUCGUCACAUUUGUAGCUGUCAUUGAAGUUCUCAACAUUUUGAUACUCGUCCGAAUAAUAAAGGAGAUGAGCACAUUAACACAACCCACGAGGGAAGACAACCAUUUACAGCAGAUCAGACUUGGCAUUAAAACAUGCGCGGUGAUGAUUCCACUGCUGGGUGUCACAUGGCUUUUUGGUCUUUUGUUAUCAUCACACAAAGCUCUCGCCUACCUUUUCACCAUUUUCAGCUCUACUCAGGGUAUCCUGAUUUUCGUUCUUCAUUGUGUGCGGAACAGCCAGAUUAGAGAGCAAUUAAAAAGGAAGAUGAACAUCAUUUUCCCAUCUGCUGUAGAUCAUGGAAACUCUGCGAAGAAGAGCUCUCAAGUUAAUCCAAGUGAUGUCGGUGAUGUGUGGGCAGUUGAAUAG